GUCGAUAGGUUCCGUUCACACGGAAUGCGAAGGACAAAUUGUGAAGGUUAGGCUCUUUCGGAAACAGGAAAGCAACUCUCGUUGCAGAAGCCCAAGCUAGCUCACGAUUCGACUUGGACGAACACUGGCAGAUAUUGCAGGGUCACGGUGCAGCAUUCACCCGAAAAGUUUGUGAAGUGAGACAUCAUGAAUUUAACGAAUGAGGGACCAUCCGAUUUGAUGUUCGUGAUUAGUUUAAAAGGCUCCGCAAGCCUGAGCGAGAAGUGUUAAUCGAAAUGUCCACAUUGCAUAUUUUGAACAAGCAGCAGAUCCAGAUAUCCGAAUCAACCGCUCAGAACGCGGACCACCGACACAUUUCUUCCGUGGCGAAAGGUCAAGCACGAGCAGGUGACGAGUCCCAAGACAACUAACUCUCUCUCGUCACCGGAUCCAGAAACUGACUCGCAACUCCAAUCGGUAUUUCCCGCUUGCUGAAAUUCUAUUUCUCAAAUCCCACGGAACCAGUAUCUGACGGCGAAUCGAGCACAGCCAACGAACCCAGCAGCAGAAAUACAGAGUGGCCUGAUCAUGAGCGACCUCAAGGACACGUCGCUUCCAUCUGUCUCGUUGGAGACAAUAUCAACAACUGCACAAGUGAAACCAUUGAGCGAAGAUGAGGGACAAAGCCCAAAGAAGCCUUGGAUCUGGCAACCGAGUUACGAGGACGAAUCAGAUUACCUCGACGCCUGGAAUGAACCGAGUUGGAGCAAGGAAGACGCUCCGAAGCCGGACCGCGGGCUACCGAGGGCCGGCGAAGAGACGAUAUGGACAGACGACGGAUCGGGAUGGAAACUGUCGGAGGAGGAGAAAAUCAAUUUCUCGUAUGUCAAGCCCGGCUACCCGGUGAACGGAUUCCGACCCCUUCCGGGGGAUAUAAUAAUCCACCGAGGACGAGCUCCAUGCACAGCCCGACGUCCGGGAGGGUUCGUUUCCAUCUACAAGGGCGACGUGACGCGCCCCGCCGAUCCGGCAGACGGCGCAGGCGCCGGCACCGUGACGUACGUGACGCACAGAUUCUACGACGGAGAGAUCGUCGUGCGCUUCGGUCAGGUGAAGAAAACCGGCCCCGACGACUGGUCGUGGGUGCCGCAUCGUAAGGCGGAGGUUUUCGUUCAUAGGACCGACCGGAAUCCAGGCCAGUGGAAUUUAGCCAGCAGGUUGACAAGUAAGCCACCGGGCCCUCCCGUGUAUCGCUACGAUCCACGGUGGUACGCCGUCGGGUUCCCGGCUAAGCCAAACGGCCAGCAGUUUCAGGUCCGGGAGGGAGAUUUCUUCCUGCGGCUCAAUACUGCGUUCAACAAACCGGGUCCGCCGGGCUACUACGUAAGCAGAGUGGAGAACUGGAUCAACCGGAAUUGGUACGCUGCCGCAUUCUACGACCCGAAGACUGGCAUGGACUGGCCGAAACUGAAGCCUCAUGAUAUGAUUUUGCGAGCCAGCCACAGUCUCGUCCAAGGGACCGUUGUUGCCAUCGCUGAGCUCUUCUGGCGAGGCGAAAGCAGGGACUCCGAGGAAUGGAUUUUUCAGGGCAGGGACAUGCACUUCUUCGGCGGUUCCGUAAAUGAAGAGAAUUUGGACAAGUUUACGGCUUCGGCAGCGACCUAGUUCCAGCACAUUGCUCGGUAAUCGACCGGUCUUUCGGCUGCCUGUGUUGCGGACAUCAGUGAACAGGAAAACUAGGCCUGGAAAAUUUUCGAUGUUUCCGAUUUCGUCGAGCCUUCAGUUCCAUUUUCUUCGGACUCAGAGAAUGAUAUAAGAUAAUGAUAGCUCGACUCAAGAUCAUGAUGAAUGUGAAUACAAAUUCGUCCUCGUGCAUACAGUUUCAUGGAAACACUGUACAUGGUCUCACUAAGAGAGACAGGGAUAACAGAAACUACUUGGAGUCCACUGUUCUUUGUAAGACAAGAAUUUUCCAUGACUGAAAGAACUGGUAGAAGGCUACAAGACGGGUUCAAGCUCUGUGAGAAGGAAGUAGAAAAAACGUGUGUUCUUGAGACAGGAUAACAGAAACGACUUGAGUCCACUGUUCUUUGCAAGACAAGAAUCUUCCAUGACUGAAAGAACUGGUAGAAGGCUACAAGACGGGUUCAAGCUCUGUGAGAAGAAAGUAGACAAAACGUGUGUUCUUGAGACAGGAUAACAGAAACUACUUGAGUCCACUGUUCUUUGCAAGACAAGAAUCUUCCAUGACUGAAAGAACUGGUAGAAGGCUACAAGACGCGUUCAAGCUCUGCGAGAAGAAAGUAGAAAAAACGUGUGUUCUUCAUAGUGAAACAAACUCAUUGUCAGUCAAAAUCUAACAAGAAGUAGUAACUCACGAGUCGUUUGGUUUAUAACAUUCCGUCCUUGAAUAUAAAUAUCAAUGUUUAGUAUAAGAAGUAUUUACUUAACAAAAAUUUACCUAGAGUGGUCGAAAUGUUGAAUGUACCGUACUUGCAACCUUUAGAGAUGCACGAGAAAUUUCUUAAUUUGGUUGUAUUUAGGAAUCAG